AUGGAUCGGAUCAAGGGCCCGUGGAGCCCCGAAGAGGAUGAGUUGUUGCAGAGGUUGGUGGAGAAGCAUGGACCCAGAAACUGGUCUUUGAUUAGCAAAUCGAUUCCGGGACGGUCUGGUAAAUCGUGCAGGUUGCGGUGGUGCAACCAGCUUUCCCCUGAAGUGCAGCAUCGGGCUUUCACACAUGAAGAAGAUGAGACAAUCAUUCGGGCUCACGCGAAAUUUGGCAACAAGUGGGCUACAAUAUCACGGUUAUUGUCGGGCCGGACGGAUAAUGCUAUCAAGAAUCAUUGGAACUCGACUCUGAAGCGUAAGUGCUUUUCCAUGUCCGAAGAGUUCAAUAACUUCGAGCCGGAAACUCAUCAGCCAUUGAAAAGAUCUUCAAGUGUCGGGCCGGGUACAAUGAUUUCUAACUCGGGCCUUUAUUUCGAUCCUAGCAGCCCAUCCGGAUCCGAUUUGAGCGAAUCAAGUCUUUCGGGUCAUCAAAUUUACCGACCCAUUCCAAGAACCGGCGGGAUCUCUCCUCCUCAUCCUACGCCUUCUCAACCAGACCUCCUCACAUCACUUAGCCUUUCCCUACCUGGGUCGGGUUCCAAUUCAAAACCCGUUUUAGAAUCGAGCAUGAAAUCCUUGCCCACACAAAUGAAACCUAUAUCAGACCCGACGCCUAAACCUUUACAGGAGCCGGAUCUUAAAUCAGGGUCCCCUAUGCACCAUGCCCAGAUAAUCCAGUCUCCGGCACCAGUCAAGACACCACCCGUUCAAGCUUCUCUGAUAACUUUUACGCCGCCGCCGCCGCCAGUGUCUCUGCAGACUCCGCAGUUUACUGCAGCAGCGAAACCUGCAGUCGGGGCGGUGGCUAUGCCAUACCAGUUUGAUGCGGAUAAACAGUUUUUUAGCCCGGAGUUCUUGGCAACUCUGCAGGAGAUGAUAAGGAAAGAGGUGCGGAAUUACAUGGCAGGGAUCGAGCCCAACGGGUUUUUGAAGCAGACAGAUGCGAUCAGGAAUGCAGUGGUGAAGCGAAUUGGGAUAAGCAAGAUUGACUAA